AACUUAUCAGAUGAAGGAUGUGUUCUGUCUGACUGUCACGAGUCUCCGCAAAUUUCACCACAGAGGAACGUAAAGAAAUCUAUGCUACGAAUACCUGAAUUGCCACAGAUUUUGCAGAAAUUGGAACAUACAACACCACCUAACCAAUUUCAACGACUGAGUGCUGCAUUAAAACCUUUGAAACCCAAAACAGAUGUAGAUGUUGGCCAAGAUUUGGGGCAAAAAUCUGAUGGUAAUCAUGAUGGUAUAACAGUUGCAAAUUCAGAGGAUGCAUCUACACCCGGUACAAGGCGGAGAAGGAAAUUACCAAUGGGAAUUGUGCCUUUGGACGCAUAUUCAAAUGGAGAUAAAGAUCGUUGGAAAAGUGAUCCGACUUCAGAGCGACAUCCUCAAAAUAGUUCUGUAAAUCCUUGCUUGCUUGGAACAGCGAGUACGGAGAGUGUUGAUACCCCGUCUUCCAGGGGUUAUGCAGGAAGCGUUGUCAGUACUGAGAGUAGUCUUUCCAAUUCAAGCCUUGCAACAUCCAUCAGUGAGACGAUUGCUGAUCAGGGAUUCUUACAUGUCAUGGAGGAAGUUGCCUACCAACCUGGAGGUAUU